UCAGAGCUCUUCUGCCCACCCGACCAAAGAUGACGCCAGAUUUAUCACAGCCAUAAACCUCAUUACAGCUCAGUUGUGUGUCUUUCAAACACUUGUUGGUUGAAGUUGUCAGGAGAGUAUCUGGUGAAGUGAGAGGAGGAGGUGAGAGCGCAUGGACUGAAGUGAAAUGGACCCUGGUGUUUGUGCUCUUGAGUUGUCGGGUGUUUUCAUCUCACUGGGAGCUUGGUUCUGUUCACUGAUUACCACCAUGAUGUCUCAAUGGCUCACGCUCUCCACAGAACUGCUGCCCACCGAGAGCUUCGAGCUGGGACUCUGGGAAACGUGUGUGGUUCAGGAACUGGGAGUCACGCAGUGCAGGCCGUACGACAGCCUGUUGGGUCUCCCUUCGGACAUCCGUCUGGCCAGAAUCCUCAUGUGUACAGCGGUGGUGGCCGGUCUUGUUGGACUGAUGUUUGCUGUUCCUGGCAUCUACCUGGUGAACAGCUGCAAACAGGCAGAGACCCUCGAAGGCAAACGGACCCUGAAAAUGCUCGGUGGAAUCUUAAGCUUCAUCGCAGGAGUGCUCGGACUCGUGCCCGUAUCGUACGUCGCUCACCUGACGGUUCUGCGCUUCUUUGAUGAAAGCGUGCCCAGUGUAGUUCCACGCUGGGAGUUUGGGAAUGCGCUCUUCUUUGGUUGGACUGCAGGGUGUUUGCAUGUAUUCGCUGGUUUCCUGCUGGUCACCUCCUGUGUAUAUUUACAAGGUGAACCAUGCCCGCUUCUUUCAUCCAUAGGGCUUCAUCGAGCAGAUCUCAUGAAUUCACAACACUCUUCACACAGGACGACAGAGUAUGUUUGAUGGACCUUUUCUCUGGUUGGUUAAACACACAUUACAACACUGUUUGACUUAAGCUAAUGUCUUGUUGCAUCAUUUUGCUGAUCAAUGAAGUUCUUUUAUAUUGAUCAGAUCUGAAAAUGAAUUUGAUGCUGCUAUCUCCUGCUUAGAUUUAUUUUUGAUGAUAUAAUGUAGAUUACAAAUCAUGUUUGCAUUCUUGCUUUGGUUUUGAGAAUCAUUUUCAUUUAUACAGUAUAUUUUUCUGCGGUUCUAAUGAUGUUCUUCAUGUUCUACUAAUUAUAAAAAAUACACAAACUUUCUAAGAAAGUGCAACAGACUUUUAAAGCAACUCAAUUAUUUUUAAUAAAGACAAUUUCAUGCUAAUUAUCCAAAUAUUACUCUGAUAUUCUGAACUAUUUUUAUUUAAUAAAAUGGUCAGAGAGAAUUGUAUAUUAUUGUAAAUGUAUUCAGAUAUGUUGAAGCAAUGCACCA